ACUUCUCCCACCACCACAAUCCCUCUCAGCUUUUAAUUUCCCACUUGGUUUCUUGUUUCCGAAGCUUUGGCUUUUCAUUGUCUCGCUCAUUUUCUGAGUAACCAAACAGACACCGAGAAAAAAAAGGCCAAGAGUCAAGAAAAUGUCCAUGGAAUCCAACCCUCUUUUCAUUCCACCAACUGGGUUUUCAUCAGUUUUGAGCUUGGAGUUGUUCAUCUGUCUCUUCCUCUUCAUCUUUGUUUUUGGCUUUUGGCUCUCACCCGGUGGCCUUGCUUGGGCUUUGUCCAAAUUUAAAGCUCAAAUCCCUUCGAAAACCGCCAUUCCAGGUCCUUCCGGCUUUCCUAUUCUUGGUUUGGUCUUGUCCUUCACUGGUUCUCUCACUCACAGAGUUCUAGCCAAGCUUGCUGAGACCUCAAAGGCCAAACCUCUAAUGGCGUUCUCAGUAGGGUUUACUCGUUUUGUCAUCUCCAGCCACCCCAAUACUGCAAAAGAGCUCUUGAACAGCUCGGCCUUUGCUGACCGACCCAUCAAAGAAUCGGCUUACGAGCUUUUGUUCCACAAAGCAAUGGGGUUUGCCCCUUUUGGUGAGUAUUGGAGGAACUUGAGGAGAAUAUCCUCCACCCAUUUGUUCAACCCGAAGCGUAUUGCUAGUUUCGGGUUGUUCCGAGACAGUAUCGGGUGCAAAAUGGUGGAGGAGAUGAAGGGUUUGAUGGAGAGGAGUGGUGAGGUGGAGGUUAGGAAAGUGUUGCAUUUUGGGUCUUUGAACAAUGUGAUGAUGAGUGUGUUUGGGAGGAGCUAUGAGUUUGGUGGAGAAUUAGGGUGUGGAAAUGGUGAGGGUUUUGAGCUUGAGGGGUUGGUGAGUGAAGGGUAUGAGUUGCUUGGGACUUUCAAUUGGAGUGAUCACUUUCCUCUAUUGGGGUUUUUGGACUUGCAAGGUGUGAGGAGGAGGUGUAAGAAAUUGGUGGCAAAGGUGAAUGCUUUUGUUGGGAAAAUCAUAGAGGAGCAUAGAGUGAAAAGGAAUGAAAAUAAUGGAGUUUUGGGUACUGAUCAUGAAAGUGGUGAUUUUGUUGAUGUGCUUCUUGAUUUGGAGGAGAACAAACUCAGUGACUCUGAUAUGAUUGCAGUUCUGUGGGAAAUGAUCUUCAGAGGGACUGAUACAGUGGCAAUACUCCUAGAGUGGAUUUUAGCCAGAAUGAUUCUCCACCCAGAUAUCCAAGCCAAGGCGCAAUCGGAGAUCGACGCCGUUGUAGGCACUCCGACACGAUCCGUAUCCGAUUCCGACCUCCCUAAGCUUCCUUACCUCCGUGCCAUAGUCAAGGAAACCCUAAGAAUGCAUCCACCAGGACCCCUCUUGUCCUGGGCCAGGCUUGCCAUCCAUGACACUCACAUCGACCACCACUUCAUCCCCGCCGGCACCACCGCUAUGGUCAACAUGUUUGCAAUCACACACGAUGAGAAAAUCUGGUCAAACCCUAAUGAGUUCAAACCAGAAAGAUUUAUUAAUGAAGAUGUUCCAAUCAUGGGGUCUGAUUUAAGGUUGGCUCCCUUUGGUUCUGGAAGAAGAGUUUGUCCUGGUAAAGCCAUGGGAUUGGCAACUGUUGAGCUUUGGCUUGGUCAGUUGCUCCAAAGCUUCAAGUGGGUCCCUUGUGAUGGUCAGUCAGGUGUGGAUUUGUCUGAGACCUUGAAGCUUUCUCUGGAAAUGAAGACCUCUCUUGUCUGCAAGGCUGUUCCUAGGGUUGUGAUUUGAUGAACAAUUUCUAUUUACUUUUGAUAAUUAAAUAUGUUGGUUAAAUUAGGGUUGCUUUGUGGUGGAGCUCAAGACAUUUGGGUUUGGUUCUAAUCCUAUCUUAUAUCUAGGGCAUGUGUAUCACUGUCCAUGUGAGCAGUUUUUGUCUAUACAUCAAUAUGCAAUGCUAGCUUUUUAUCUUAA